CUCACUUUGAUCGCCACUUGCCAGAAUUAGUCUGAACGUUUCUUUUUUUUCUUUUUCCUCCUUCUUUGAUUCCCCCGUAAGUCAUACUUUUUCAUUUUGCGCGAGAGCGAACGUGUGCGCGCCGCGGCCAUGGGCUCGGUUCUGCCCGCAGAGGCUCUGGUGCUGAAGUCUGGAUUUAAGCAGCAGAGCAGCGUGUCCCUGUCCGACAUCAUCACCUCCGACAUCCUGCACAGCUUUCUGUACGGCCGCUGGAGGAACGUGCUGGGCGAGCACCUCUUCGAGGAGAAGAGCACCGGCGCGAGCCCCAAGACCGCCUUCACCGCCGAGGUGCUCGCGCAGUCCUUCUCGGGAGAGGUCCAGAAGCUGUCCAGCCUCGUGCUGCCGAGCGAAGUGAUCAUUGCCCAGAGCUCCAUUCCCGGAGAGGGCCUCGGCAUCUUCUCCAAGACGUGGAUCAAAGCUGGCACGGAGAUGGGCCCUUUCACCGGCCGGGUGAUCUCCCCCGAGCACGUGGACCUCUUCAAAAACAACAACCUCAUGUGGGAGGUGUUCAAUGAGGACGGCACCGUGCGCUACUUCAUCGACGCAAGCCAGGAAGACCACCGCAGCUGGAUGACUUACAUCAAAUGCGCACGCAACGAGCAGGAGCAGAAUCUGGAGGUGGUGCAGAUUGGCAGCAGCAUUUUUUACAAAGCAGUGGAGACCAUCCCCCCAGAUCAGGAGCUGCUGGUGUGGUAUGGAAACUCCCACAACACAUUUUUGGGAAUCCCUGGUGUCCCAGGCGCAGAGGACGAGCAUCAGAAGAAAACUAAAAGCGACGAUUUCCAUCUUUCCGACGGCUCCUCGUCCUCAUCCUCGUCGUCCUCCUCCUCCUCAUCGACCGCCAGCCGCAUGCGCUGCGUCAUCUGCCACCGCGGCUUCAACUCCCGCAGCAAUCUGCGCUCCCACAUGCGCAUCCACACGCUGGACAAGCCCUUCGUCUGCCGCUUCUGCAACCGCCGUUUCAGCCAGUCGUCCACCCUGCGCAACCACGUGCGCCUGCACACGGGCGAGCGCCCCUACAAGUGCCAUGUUUGUCAGAGCGCCUACUCCCAGCUGGCGGGCCUGCGGGCGCACCAAAAGAGCGCCAGGCACCGGCCUGCGAGCACGGGUUCCGUGGUGGCGCUGCAGGCGCACUCCCCGACGCCGCCACAGAUGGCCCCUGUGCCCCACCCAGCCUCCCUGGUGCACCACAUCCCCACCAUGGUGCUGUGA